AUGGCACAAGGAGGAAGAGAUAUAAUGAGUUCUGCGUCGAAAAUUACACAACAAGCCCUUGGACGUCCGUCCGUGACAACUGGAAGUGCGUGGAUUUUAAAUGGACCCUUUCCGAUUGACGACGGUAAUCUUUACCAAACAUCUGAACAAAAACCGAUCAACCAAACGUUCUUGGCUACUACAAACCAAGUGAUGAGACCAAGAGGGGGCAAAACAAGUUGGCAAGCUAAAUUUGUCUCACGUAAAUGGUUUGGUAAGUUCAAAACCAACGAGUGUUACAGCAUAGAGAGUGAUGCAUUUUAUGAAGUUCCAGUUUCUGAUGGCAACACCAAGUUAAUCCUGAUACCAACAGAAUAUUUGCACGAUCAGAAAACUUUUUCAAGGUGGCUAGGUAACAAAUUCAAGUCCAAACGUUCCCUGCCUUGUAGUCAAGAGGAGAAAGUGUCACAGUUUGAUAGAGCUGAUGCGAAACAAGAUGAGCUCUACUGUGACGUCCUAACCGAACAGUUUUCUCGGAAGCGUUACCUCUUCUGCGUAGAUGAUCACGAGUCUUAUUUUUUGGAAUCCAAGAGAGACGAAGUUCAACUAAGAAAUUUGAAAGAUUUUAAGCCGAAUGAAAUUCCAAAGGGUGCAAUCAUCCUCGACAAAAACGAGUGCGGCGUAGGAUUGUUGGCCUUUGACGACAAGGAAGAUAUUCGUCCAUUAUUUUUCCCCCAAAACUUGCUUGAUUCCAAUCAACAACGUCCUGUCAGUGGUUCAUUUAAUAAUAAUCCAAACCAGCCUGAAGGAAACUUGUUCUUAAAGGAAGCCAACCUUGAAAGUUCAGAACAAGAUCCCCAGGUGGAUAAUUACACCAAUGAAGAUGCUGCACAAAAUCCCACAUCACAGGCCAGGAUUCGCACAUUAGCAACCCAAAAUUCUCAUCAUGAUCAAUUCUCUGACCCUGAUUGUUUGCGUGACGAUAAAGAUACUCCUUUUUCCAAGACGGUUACGGAUCCCACCCCCGCUGAGCACAAGCCAACUCUUCGAGAGAGACACAGCAAUUCCCAGCAUGGGCUGGAUAGAAUUGCAACAAUGCAAACUGAUGAGGUCUCCACAGAGAAGGAACAUAUCUAUGCAGGUUCAUAUGUAGAAAAAUUAAUCCUCAGAAAGGAACUCAUCAUGGAUCUGCUCUCCCUCUAUUUGGAUAGAUCAAUCUAUCCAAAGUUCGGAGGUGCUCCAUCAUUGGCAAAACGUUGGGAACAUCUUGCAGACUACUGCAAAGUAGAUGCUAAAAUAAAAAAGCAGUGUGGGAUCUCUGCUCAUCUGAGCCCAAGUGAAGCUAUGUUUAAAUACUUGUGCCAAUCUAAGGAGUCAAUUAAAGUUGGAGCCCUGAAAAAGAACCUCUUGGAAAUUUCAAGGAAAGAUGUUCAUGAUGAGCUGGCAAACAAUCAGAAUUUGCUUGAUGAUGACAAUAUGAAUGACCUUUGUGAUAAUCAUCCAGAAACAUUGCUGAACAUUUGUUUACACCUUGACGACAGUCGCUCUGUCAGGUAUUGGUAUCACUUAGGACUCAAGAUAGGUAUCAGUGGUGAGAUACUGCGGAGCUUUAAAGGUCCCUCUGAAUUUAGCCCAAGCAAUGCAAUCUUAGAAAAGAUUGCAACACUGAAGCCAAAGCUUCCAUUAAUGGACGUGGAAACGGUUUUGCAAGAGGUGGAAAAGUGGGUACCAGGCAUAUCCAAUGUGCUGAGUGAUUUAGAUUCAAGUAGUAGUACAAUUCAGACCUUGCUGGAUGACUUUGAUGCUGUUGAGAAACUAACAGCUCUCUUAGAUCUUGAAGAAAGAGCCUGGAUGCACUUUGGUUCUAAGCUGGGAAUGGAAAGACUAGAAUUAAACAGUCUAAGGGAAGAAAGUCCACCAAGCCCUACAAAAUUGCUGAUGAAACACAUUGUUGCUCGGGAACCAAACCUCACCAUGAAGUUUUUCCUGAGAGCCCUGGCAAGCAUCAAACGCUUUGAUGUCAUAAAUGAGCUUGAAAAAUUCUUUGUUGCCAAAGAUAUAGCUGACAUAUUAAAGGGUGAAGAAAACUUCACACAAUAA